CCUUCUUGUGAACUCACCCAGAACCUCCACCUCCGACACCAUGGUCAACUCCUGCUGUGGCUCUGUCUGCUCUGAGGAGAGCUGUGGCCAAGGCUGCUGCCCCUGCUGCCAGCCCAGCUGCUGCCAGACCACCUGCUGCCGCCCAAGCUGCUGUGUGUCCAGCUGCUGCAGACCCAGCUGCUGCCGACCCAGCUGCUGCCAGUCUGUGUGCUGCCAGCCAACCUGCUGCCGCCCCAGCUGUUGCAUUUCUAGCUGCUGCAGACCUUCCUGCUGCCGCCCCAGCUGUUGCAUUUCUAGCUGCUGCAGACCUUCCUGCUGCCGCCCCAGCUGCUGCAUUUCUAGCUGCUGCAGGCCUUCCUGCUGCCGCCCCAGCUGCUGCAUUUCUAGCUGCUGCAGGCCUGCCUGCUGCCGCCCCAGCUGCUGCAUUUCUAGCUGCUGCAGGCCUUCCUGCUGCCGCCCCAACUGCUGCAUUUCUAGCUGCUGCAGGCCUCAGUGCUGCAUCUCCAGCUGCUGCCGCCCCAUCUGUUGCCAGACCUCCUGCUGCCGCCCAGCAUGCUCUAGCAGUUCUUGCUGCUGAGCGCUCUCGCCCAAGGUCUCCUGUUCUUCACCACCCAGCAUUCCUGAUGUGGACCACCUGUGAGCUGAAUCCCGAGAGACCAAUCAAAGCUUCUCUUUGAACUUGAUUUAAAGCCUCAAAAUGCACUCAGUCUCUCUUCCCUAGCCAGGCCCUUCCCUCUCUCUUUCUCUCUCUCUCAAAUAAAAACAAAUCUGGAUUUUCUCUGUAAUCUAGUAUGUUACUCCUACUCUGAUGUUUAUUUUCUGUUCUAUGUCUGUAAUACAAGUAUUUCUAUAUAUUAAAUAAAUCUGAAUUUUAGAUAACCAAA